UAAUAUUUCGACAUUAUUUCAUCGUACCCUCACCACAACACAUCGUUUCUAACUUUCUUUUCUAACUCUCUGCAUCUCUCGUCCUCGAACCCUAGCUUUUCUAGUGGAAACACUGUAAGUUGAAAUUUCUUAGAGAUCCAAAUUAAGAAGAGAAGAGAUUAAGAAUGGGGUCGAGAUCGAAGAACGAUAAUCCACACACAGGCGAUGGAGCGAGUCCUGGGAAGAUCUUCAUCGGGGGAUUAGCAAAAGAUACUACCUAUGCUACAUUUAGUAAGCACUUUGGAAAGUAUGGGGAAAUUACGGACUCAGUUAUUAUGAAAGAUCGGUACACGGGACAGCCAAGGGGUUUCGGAUUUAUCACAUAUGCUGAGCCUUCAGUUGUUGACAAAGUUAUUGAAGAUACUCAUGUCAUUAAUGGGAAACAGGUUGAGAUCAAAAGAACCAUUCCGAAAGGAUCUGGUCAAUCAAAAGAUUUCAAAACAAAGAAGAUAUUUGUGGGGGGAGUUCCAUCUUCAGUAACUGAAGACGAGUUCGAGAAUUUCUUUUCCAAGCAUGGAAGGGUUGUUGAACACCAGAUUAUACGUGAUCACGAGACCAACCGUUCUCGAGGUUUUGGAUUUAUAGUAUACGACAGUGAGGAAGCUGUUGAUGAAAUAUUAGCCAAUGGAAAUAUGAUUGAUAUGGCGGGUACCCAGGUGGAGAUCAAGAAAGCAGAACCAAAGAAAUCCUCAAACCCACAAUCUGGUCAUUCACAUGGUAGCAACUCUAGGGCUCGUUCUUUCAGUGAUGGCUUUGGUGGAUUUGGUGGCUCCUAUGGAGGUUUUGAUACCGGUUUUGGCCCUGGUCCCUAUAGGACUCCUGGAGGUUUUGGCAGUAGGCUUGGUGGGUAUGGUGGGUAUGGAGAAUUUGGCAGUGGUUAUGGAGGUUUUGGAAGCAGUAGCUUAGGAGGCUACCGUGGUGAAUCUUCCCUUGGUUAUUCUAGUCGCUUUGGACCCUAUAGUGGUGGAUUUAGCGGGGGUUAUGGCGGAAGUGGAUUAGGAGGAUAUGGCAGAGGUGAAGGCUAUGGGAGUUAUGGAGGUUCAAGCUAUGGCGGUGGUUAUGACUCUGGUCCUGGCGCAAGUUAUGGUGGAGCAGGUGGGCCCUAUGGAAGGGGGGGAUAUAGUGGCAGUAGUCGGUACAAUCCUUAUGCAAGGUAGAAGAAGAUGCAUUUCAUGCAGUUGCGCUUAGCUUUGCCAUAGAAGUUUCUCACAGGUUUCUCUAGUUUCCUGCCUUCUGAUUCCUGCAUACGUAGGUACUUCCUCACAAGUACUAGAGGUGUCUCUUAAUGCAAGAAGAAGCUUUUAAAGAUCAGAAGAUUUACAUUAGACUGUUCUUUUUUACUGUACGUCUUAGAAGAACUCCAUAGACUGCUUCUAAUUAGUAUUUGGUGUCUGGUUGUGGUGUUGAGACUGAUUCUUCUAUAGCUUGCCAUGUAGACUGUAGCAUCUUGUUCUGGAGCUUGUUACAUUCUCUUCUAGUUUAAUCUAGUUUGACAUUUCUUGUGUGUUAA